AUGAAUGUCGUGGGUAAGGCCCUAAAGCGCUCUGGCAGCAUCAGUAUUCUCGUUCGGUCGGCUAGCCAUCCUGCGGAGCGUACCAGUAUUGCCUCCCCUUUGCGUCGCGCCGUCGUAUACUCUACGGCAAGCACAAAUGCACCGAAUGCCAGAAAGCUAGAAGAUCUAUUUACCAGCCUACACGCCUCUCAAGAUGUGGCCUCAAUUCACCGUACUUGCUCGGCCUUGAUUGAGCUUGUCAAGCGCCGGAACACCGCUUCGUUGCCAUUACCUGCCCCGUCCUCUGGCGAUAGACAACGAAUUCUGUUCAGCCUCCACGUAUUGGCAUCCUCCGGCCGCCAUGAGGAUCUGGCGCGCAUUUGCGAAAUCCUGCAAGACCUAUGUCCCGUCUUGGGCCUAAACCCCACCACAAACAUCUACUCCGCUCUCCUCAGAACGUUCGUCAACCAAGGCCAUGUUCAGAUGGCGUAUGAAUUCCUCUUAAAAAUGCCGCAGCUGCCAGGAAACCGCACACCCAGUUUGGAGCAGAUACAUUUCUUCCUCCGGUCUUGCAGCGAAAUUGCUCCCACAGUGUUUGUGCAGGAUAUUGCAGCAAGCAUCGAGCGACUAGGUCCAAAACCCAACAACAGUACAUUCGCCAUCCUCAUCGAAGCACAUUGGAAAACCUCUGCACGAGAAGGAAAGGUUCCUACUGUCGAAGAAUUUUCUUCCAUGAUUCAGCAGCACACCGAACAGGGCAUGACUUUCGACCCAAUCAUCGCCGACGCUCUAUAUCGAGGAUAUGCCGAUCUUGGUCAAUUCCACAAAGGGCACGAACUCCUUGAAAUAUACGAAGCUGCUGCAAAACCCAUUGGCCUCAAGGCUAUCGAACCUCCACCCGUCGUCAGCACCGCAAACAUCGAUAUCGUAGGACUGUUACGCGAUGUGCGCUCAUACGCCGACAUGGAAGAUUUUGCGAAGAAGACCGGCUUCAAGUGCACCGUGAAGCACUAUACUAUCGUACUCCGGACAUGUGUCAGGAAUCGAGACUACAGCGAAGCUUUCCAUGUUUAUGAACAGUCGAAGAAGGCUGGUAUCCCUCCUAAUAGUGCUCUUAUCUAUCCAUUGCUCGCCUCUUUAUUCCACAAGGAUAUCGAACAAUCGUUGGACCGGGCCAUUGAACGGUCUCUAGAGAUUUAUCAACACAUCUCGGAAGCUUUUCCUCCAUCCCAAGUAACUUCCGACCAAAGUGUAGACGAGCAAUCUGGCCCCGACGAAGGAGUAUAUGCUAUCCUAUUCCGCCUUCUAUUGUCUUCUCCACGGACGGAGGUUUAUUUGCCUACCGUUGAGUCUCUUCUGGAUGACAUGCAGCUACGUGGUUUGCCCACCGACACACCCUCUGUUGCGGCUACAAGCAUCAUUAUCGAGAUGCGACGCACAGGCAGUUUCCAGAAGGCCUUCGAGUUCUACCGGGAACAUAGGAGUAAACUAGACGAGACAGGCUUCCUCGCGGUCUUACGCGAGUAUACUCGUCUCUCUUUUGCAGGCGAUCUUGAAGUUCCUUUGAUCACAGAGUACUUCUCCAUUGUGAAGGACAUGCGCAACCAACGUAUUGCUAUCACGCCACCUGUGUACACAGUGAUACUCUAUCAAAUAGGACUAACAGCAGCAAGACUUGGACCUGUUCACUCUUUUACCCGAGCUCACCACGCCAUGCUCACACGCCUGGUCGACACCACCCGUCGAAUCCACGACUUCUUGACACUAGACGCGUCCAUUUCACCCGACGCAAUUCUUUGGAAUCAGCUCAUGAAUACAUACCAACGCCUGAGUUGCUUCGCCGACGCUUACAGGCUGUGGGAGAUGAUGUAUCUCACCGGACGAUACGACCAACGAACCAUCAACAUUAUGUUAGACGCUUGCGGGUAUGCUGGUCAAGUCCGGAUUGCGAGAUCAAUACUCUUAAAGCUAGAGAAGGUGGAUUUCCAGAUGGAUGUACGGAAUUGGGAUACCUGGGUGGAGUGUCUGUGCAGAAAUGCGCAAUUUGAUGCUGCGUUGAAGGUGGUGGUGGUUGACAUGAAAAAAUAUCGCAUCAAACCAACUCCGGCCACCUUCGAUAUCUUUGGUAGGUUUGCACGCAAGCACGAUUGCUGGGAGAGAUAUAAGACACAGUUCCAGACGUUGAUACCCGAUACAUGGAAUAGUCUACCACUAGCAAUCCGAGAUUCAUGA